UUUAAAUGAGAAACGGCGGGCUUUGUGAUGAGAACGAGGCAUUACUAACAUGCUAGCUGUUUUGCCGCCAGAAGGAGGGAGGAGAAUGCAGCAGCUUUAAGAAAUUUAUCUUCGUUCUUAAAUAAAGGAAAGGUAGAUAUCAUGAAGUUUUUGCUUAAUUCGAAUCGAAUGCAUCGUUACUAUGGAAGAUAUACGCCCAUUCGACAUUUACUUAAUCCAUUGCCGUUGCUUUUUGGAGAGAGACGACAGCAAACGACAAGCUUCUACAAAUGCCAAUUGAUGGACUGGUUAUUUUGCUUUGCCAAUGGAAUCUAAUAAAAUGGCAUCGUGGGUCCUAUACCCUGUGUCUUGCCUGCCAACGUAUCUGCAGCUGAGUUAGUCCACAUGAAGCUUUCGUCUGAAGGUGCCGCGUCACUCAUUUUCAAAUUUCCCGCCUUCCUUUGCUCAGCUAGGAUCGGUGAGUUUGCCUAACAUUUUUUGUUGAGAAUUUUUUUAAAAUUCAGCAAACGUCAACAAGAUAUCAAGCUUCAGAAAAUCUAAUGUUCCAAUAGCCUUCAGAUCGUCAAAACUGAGCUGGAUCACAAUUUAUUUGCGCCGAAGGUCUAGAUAAAAACCUCCCCCCCCCCUAAUUUCCCCAUUACGCAAUUAUCCCUAAACUGCCAAUCUUUGGCAUCUUGGAACAGGUCUAUGUGACAUAACGAAAACACGCGGCUACUAAUUUAUCGCUACCUCUGCGGUUUCGAUUAUCAGGUCAUAAAAUAAAGUUAACUUUUACAGUAGAUUUUCUAGCUCGGCAUCAGUAUAUUUUGUCCGUCUCGGCACAAGAUCACCGGUGUGUAUCUUUUCAAAAGGUUUCCUUCGGCAAUCAGGGGGUCUAAAUGGUAGAUACUUUCAGUUUUAGUAUCAAAUGUUUCUAAUCAACUGGUGGCCCUACUCCCACACUCACUGAAAUCAGGUGAAACAAACGCGGUUUUCAACUGUUUGCAGCAUUUGUUGAGCUAACAGAUCCCCCGUGCCGCGCGGGUGCCCUACUCUUUUAAGCCGCGAGUGAUUCUUUCGUUGAUGAAAGAUCAUAAGAUUUUUGAGAUUAUGUGUACACUUGUGAAACACGUGCGCCGGCCGUUACCAAUAAAGCACUUGCAAUAACGGCUGGUACCCCAGUUGAAUGGUGUAAACAUAACUAGUGCUUUAGACAAAUUCUUGAUCAUAAAUGCGACUGAAAGAGAUUGAAAAUCACUAUCGAAAAGAAAUUCAGUUGAUUCAACAACACACGUUUGAGUACACUUAGCAAUUCGUUGCACGGCAGCAUUCUAUUUGUUUAGCUUUCCGAAAUAACUUGCUGUCUUUGUGGACAACUAGAAGAUUUUUCUUUGCGUACAGACACUCUGUAAGGCAAAGCAUUUAUCGCUUCAAAAGAGUUACAUUGAAGAAAACAGCGUUGAGGGUUCGGAGGUAUUUUUGAGAGAGAAGUUUGCCAAGAUAUGGGUGAUCGUAAAAGUCGGAAGAAUUCAUCUUCAUCUGUUUGAUCGCGGAAGUAAGUGUAGUGUAGUGAGAGUGGUUGUACACGACUGGAGCUGUCUGGCAGAGUUGCAAAGUCACCAAAGAAUUUCAGAGAGAAUCAAAGAGACUUCAAACUCAUCGUUGACUACAGUAAAGUUUCUAAACAGGAUAUCAAAUCUGUUAUUACAGCAAUCAGCUACUGUCACUAUUAUUUGAAAAUGGCGCGAAAAGAACGUGACCCAUUGAUAGGUGACGACCAUCAGUACGCCAGCAGAAUAUACAGCUACUUGACGCCGCCGUCAACACCAAGACUUGAAUCAUUCGUUGAUGACGACGAAAGCGACUAUUUCGUUAAAGAAUCGACUUUUACCGAUAACUUUGAUUUGUAUUCGACAACAUGCUUCGAUGAUAACGAAGAAAACGAUCCAUUUUACGAUUUCGCCGAAGACUUCCGGGACCUUCGCCUGCCGAUGUUGAAAAGCGACUGUAUGUGGGGAACAGCGGAACAAAUUCGCUCAUCUCGCUCUUCGCCUGAUAACAACAAUACUUCACUUACGAGAUGCCCGUCUCGAAACUUCGCCGCAACGCCACUUCAAUUAACUUUUCGCUCUACAGCGACAACUCCGAUUAUUUUCGACGACCGCAGUAGCAUGAACCUUUUUGUACCAAUCACAUCCACUGUUUCGCCGAGAGAAAUCGAGAAUUUAUCGAAAGAUGCCGUUACGCCAUUGAAACUCUCCUCGAAUUUUACAGCUACAAGAAACCUACCGUUAUUGUCACCAAAUGAAACCGAAAGUGAAGACGAAAUCGAUGUUGUAAGCGUUCCCGAACGACAGAAUACGCCGGCGACUGACACAACGACCAUAUCUCAUGAUAGAAACCACCAGAAAGCUACAGAGAAGCCGAAAAAGGCGGUUUGUAAAACAAGCAGUUCUUCUCCGGCAUCGGUUUCAGCGUCACCCAACUCUUCCGAUACCGACGAAUCGGUCUCUCCUUCCGGACGAAAUCGGAACGGAGGUCCGACUCACGGAAGAGUCUCGCACAACGAUCUCGAAAGAAAACGAAAUGAAUUGAAGCGAAAAUUCGACUGCUUACGCGCGGCGAUUCCCGAAAUCGAAAAUAACGAGCGGGCGCCUAAGGUAGUGAUUUUGAAGAAAGCGAAAGCCUUCGUACCGCGUCUUCAGGAAGAAGAGAAAGCAUUACGGACGGAGAAAGAAAACUUGAAGCAAGUGAACUCUUUGCUCAUGAGAAAACUGCUGUUGUUGACGAAACGUAACUAGCUUGUUCAAUAGUCGUGUUAAAAAGCCAAAAUUAAUAGCUUAUAUUGAGCUAAACAGUAUUGUAAUUAGAUAUUGUGAAAUUUUCCACAUGUCAAAUAAUUCUAUUCUUUAUAAGAAGUAAAAACCAUUCAUCGAACUUUAGAUACCAAAACAUUAAGCCUCGCGUCAAUAGCAAUACUUGAAUUAUUUUCAAAAUCUUCCAGCUAAUUUGAAAAUUUCCUUGGCGUUUUCUCAAAGCAAAUUUUGAUAAUAAAUCGAGUCUUCGAUAAAGUACAAAUAUUCAGUGAAGAAUUGCACAUAAACUGAAUCUUCGAUCAAGAUUCUUAAGUCUAUGAUAAGAGCAUCUAAUCUCGAAAGAACUUGUUUACACUUUAAAGCGACUACUCGAUACUCUCUUUAAAGGAUAUCGUAUCUUUUGAGAGUGGUUAUUUUUUCUUGGAAUUUAGUGCUACCAUUUUUUGACGCUGUUUCUGCGCCGUAUCAUUAGGUCAGUUAUGUAGGUCAAUAGACAAAGCACUAUUUGAAUGUAGCUGGGGGGCUGGAGCACAAAAAUAAUGAUGGCAGAUUACUAUAAGUUUUUGGCAACUUGUUUAGAGCACCCCCUCCCCUAAUUACUUCGUCGGGGGCUCGGUCGUCCAAGACUCCUUAGCGUUUGUUUAAUUUUUCUGAAAUCUUAGAGUGCCGUUUUGUAAAUAUAUUUUGUUUAGGCCGUAUUGAAUUGUUUGAAUAACUUUUUAGUUGAUAGAUGCUAAUAUUACAUUUAAUAUUAAAUUGAUAGUAGUUCUGUAAGAAUGUUUUAUUUAUUUCAAGUAAAUUAGUAUCCUUUAAAAUAUUUGAUGUUUUAUUGCUCUCUGAAACUUAGUAAUAAUUUUCAUAGUUAAAGAAUCUUCACGAAUC